AUGAGUUCCAUGAGCGCCGAAAAUCCUGAUAUAAUAGCGUUGCUCAACAAAAGGGAUGAAAAAGGGGAAACUCUGCAGGAGAUCGAUGACGAUAUUUUGUUGAAAAUGGCCAAUGAUGAGAUUGAGCAGCUCUUGAAAGAUUUGAAAGACAUUGAUGAUCAUACAGAAGCCACGCGCCUUGAAGUUCAAAAAAUCUAUCGCGACAUUGGGAAUUUAACCCGCGGACGCAUGACACACAUAAAUCUCGAAUAA